AUGACCCACCCCGAUAUCUCCGUCGACGUUCUCGUCAUUGGUGCCGGUCCUACUGGUCUCGGUGCCGCAAAGCGUCUUAACCAGAUUGAUGGCCCCUCUUGGUUGAUCGUUGACAGCAACGAGACUCCUGGUGGUCUUGCUUCCACCGAUGUGACCCCCGAAGGUUUCCUCUUCGAUGUUGGUGGUCACGUCAUCUUCUCCCACUACAAGUACUUCGACGACUGCAUCAACGAGGCUCUCCCCAAGGACGACGACUGGUACACCCACCAGCGUAUCUCCUACGUUCGCUGCCAGGGCCAAUGGGUUCCCUACCCCUUCCAGAACAACAUUUCCAUGCUUCCCAAGCAUGAGCAGGUCCGCUGUAUUGAUGGCCUGAUCGAUGCUGCUCUCGAGGCUCGUGUUGCCAACACCAAGCCCCAGAACUUCGAUGAGUGGAUCGUUCGCCAGAUGGGUGUCGGUAUCGCCGACCUUUUCAUGAGACCCUACAACUUCAAGGUUUGGGCUGUGCCUACGACCAAGAUGCAAUGUGCCUGGUUGGGUGAGCGUGUUGCUGCCCCUAAUGUCAAGGCCGUGACGACCAACGUUAUCCUUAACAAGACCGCCGGUAACUGGGGUCCUAACGCUACUUUCCGUUUCCCCGCCCGUGGUGGUACCGGUGGUAUCUGGAUUGCCGUCGCCGACACUCUCCCCAAGGAGAAGACUCGCUACGGUGAGAAGGGCAAGGUCGUCAAGGUCAAUGCCAACAACAAGACCGUUACCCUGGGUGACGGUACCACUGUCGGCUACAAGAAGCUCGUCUCCACCAUGGCUGUGGACUACCUCGCGGAGCAGAUUGGCGACCAGGAGCUCGUUGGCCUCACCAAGCAGCUCUUCUACUCCUCCACUCACGUCAUUGGUGUUGGUAUCCGUGGUACCCGCCCCGAGAGAAUCGGUGACAAGUGCUGGCUCUACUUCCCUGAGGACAACUGCCCCUUCUACCGUGCCACCAUCUUCUCCAACUACUCCCCCUACAACCAGCCCGAGGGCUCCAAGAAGCUCCCCACUCUGCAGCUUGCGGAUGGCUCCAAGCCCCAGAGCACUGAGGCUCAGGAGGGUCCUUACUGGUCCAUCAUGUUGGAGGUUUCCGAGUCUUCGAUGAAGCCUGUCAACUACGAGACUCUCCUGGCUGAUUGCAUCCAGGGUCUCGUCAACACCGAGAUGCUGAAGCCCACUGAUGAGAUUGUCUCCACCUACCACCGCCGCUUCGACCACGGCUACCCCACCCCCUCCCUGGAGCGUGAGGGCGCUCUUACCCAGAUCCUGCCCAGACUCCAGGAGAAGGACAUCUGGACCCGUGGCCGCUUCGGUAGCUGGCGCUACGAGGUCGGUAACCAGGACCACUCUUUCAUGCUCGGUGUUGAGGCUGUGGACAACAUUGUCAACGGCGCUGUCGAGCUGACCCUCAACUACCCUGACUUCGUCAACGGUAGACAGAACACCGAGCGUCGGCUGGUUGACGGCGCCCAGGUUUUUGCUAAGAGCCAGGCGCAGUAA